AUGGAAGAGCCGAGGAUUUGCAGUUUCCAAUCUUGUUGCAGACUGUGUCUGUCCGAGACAUUGGAUUCCUUGCUGUCCAUUUUCGACGAAAGUAUAGAAGACCGGGCGCUACCGCAGAAGAUAUCGCAAUGCCUAUCUGUCGAGAUAAACGUCGACGACAAGCUAUCCAAAAUGAUCUGCGUGCAAUGUUUGACCAAGGUCAACAGUUGGCACACCUACAAAGACCAGUGUGAGCAAAACCAGUGCAAACUCCAAGAAUGGUUGGCUAACAAUUAUCAAAAUGCCACUCCUAAUGGUCUAGCUAAUGUGAGUUUACAAAUAAAAGAAGAACCAUCAGACGAAAAUGAAAACGAAGAUCCUGAAAAUCGUACUGAAAUGAUACUGCAGGUUAAAAGAGAACCUGUGGAAUCUAACGAGGUGCCUAUGGAAGAGGAGUACAAUGAAUUGCCACCUCCCCUCUCACCAAAUCCUCCUAAUAUAACUGCAGAAGCAGCAGAAGUUUCUCCUGUUAAUGAAUAUUGCUGUAGUUUGUGCUCGAAAGUGUUUGUUAAUAGAGGGAAUAAAAAGAGGCAUGAAGUUCGUGUACAUGGAAUGCAUAAGGCUCCGACUCAAAAGGACCCGGCAGUACCCUUAACCAAUGGCACUGCGAGUUCGACAGACGAAGACACCCCGAACAACGCAGACCACCAAAAAAUCCAGUUCGCCGCCGGCUUGAAACUGUUGCAGAAAAACGCCACGCCGAUAUCCUGUGAGGCCCUCUCCAAAAUCGAACUCAGCUACGUGGAAAAAUGCAAAGCCAUGGCCAACAUGCAUCAAACCCUGACCUGCGCCUGCCACAACGUCCCCUACCAGAAUUUGAAGGGCCUACUCUCCCAUUUGAGAGCCCUUCGAAUCUGGUUUCCUGUUUUUACUUGUUAUAGUUGCAUGAUAACGUUCACUGACAGGUCCACGUUCACCAAGCACAUCCUCAAAUGCCCCUCCCAACCGCUCGACACUAUAACCAAGUUGAGCAACCUGAGGAAACGCAGCGAAGUCAAAACCAGGCUCUAUCAAAACUUCAAAUGCACCUCCUGCAAGUUCAUGUACAGCUUCCAUGACACUUUUUGCAAGCACGUUGACGAAGACCACGCUCUCCUCGAAGUCCCUGUGCAUUGCCGGUGCGGCAGAAUUUUCGACAACCUCGAAGACUACAAAGACCACGUUUACGUCAGCUGCUUGGUAGAGUACUAUUGCGACAUCUGCUUCAUAACCACCAAGACCCUGGACGAAUUCCAGAAACACGCCACCGAAGUUCACGAUCAGUCCGAAGGCUUUAUUUUGCUGCAAGACGACAAUUACAAGAUCAGGAAAGCUUCCUUGCACAUGGGACCAAAAGAAGAGGCAGGGGGCCAAGAAAAACGCGAAAAGAGGUCUUCCAUAAAGAUAGACAAAGAGGAGGAAGAGGAAACGCCAAAGACUGCCCCAAAUCUCGCUAUGGUGCACCCGAGUACCGAUACCAAGAAAUGUCCCAUUUGUGGAAAGGAAUACUCUUCCUACAAGAACAUGAUGCGCCAUUACAAGAUCCACACCAGCGAGCUGGAACUAAAAGAGGUCAACAACGAGGAAAAUGGGGGAGACGAGUCAUUUUACUCAUGUCCUGACUGCGGAGGCAUGUAUAAUACCCCCGAGUGGCAGAAACAUCUGAACGAGAAACACAAGAUCAAGACUUGCGCGGAGUGCGGGAAAUGCUUCCAAUUCAAGUCUGAGUUCGAGCAACACAGAAGCACUCACUUGAACCUCAAACUUUACAGAGACUCGAAAACUCAAGCCUACCGUAGCACCAUGAUAAGCCCCGGAUCGGAAGAAGACGAAUUGCAGACUCACCACCAACUAGAACAUGAAGGGGAGAACAUGGAAGUCGACAUCGAGGAGGAAAAGCCUAAAAUGUUCAACUGCGGCAUUUGCCUCAAAGAUUUUGGCACUUUUGCCGGGCUGUGGGACCACAAUAAGAAGACGCAUCCGGAAAAGACGACCCCAUCCAGCAAUUCCUACCCCAAACAGUGCCCGGAAUGCGACAAAGUAUGCACCACCGGAGCGGCUUUCUAUAGACACAAGCAAAUCCACGAAAAAGAUAUUCCUGCUGAUGCGAGCUACAAUAAAAUACCUGGGAAGGUUAAGAAGACGAACGACAUCGACGAAGAAUCUUAUCACACCUGCAAGAAAUGUUUCAAGGUAUUCUCUUCCAAGUACAAUUUGAAAUGCCACAUGAAAUGCCACGGUAUCAAUCUGCUCAGCCCAUCCAGCAAGAAAAGCCCUAAGAAGCCGUGUUGUAAUGUUUGUCAAAGAAUAUUCAAUACUGCUGCAGAGGUAUCCGAACAUAAGGCAAUCCAUCAUAAAUCAGAAGAAAUGCCGAUACUGCACAAGGAACUAGAAGCAGCAAUCAAUGGGCCGGUGGUAUUCACUUGUGACGUGUGUGUCAUGACUUUCUCUACGAAAAUAGCGCUGAAAAAACACAAGGAAACACACCUCCAGGAAGGUAAAAAAUCGUCCCGCAUCCAAUCUCAGCUCUCCUGCAAAUACUGCAAAAUCACCUUCGACUCAAUCGUGGCUCUCACAAAGCAUAUGCACAUAGAACACGAAGAAACGGCAAAACCAAAAGCGAACAAGAUGAAAGACGUUGCUGGGAGCGGUUACUCCUGCGAGUUGUGCAAGAAAACCUUCCAAACUGUGAGCGCUCUCAACACUCACAUCGGCUGGCACAAGCGCGAUCCAGCCUCAGGCAGCGUGAAGGUAAUGAGAAACCAAAAAAUGAUGAAAAAGAUCGCCGAUAGCGUCAACGUGAAACAGGAAACCAUCGAAAUCCCCAAGUUCCAGUGCGCUACCUGCCUGGCAGAGCUGCCCAAUGACACCGCCUUGCAGGUCCACAUACUGGAGAAGCACAGGAGCGUCAGCGCCAUCAUGCUGAUCCCUCGCUGCAACACCUGCAACAAAGAUUUCUCUACUCAGGACGAGUACGAGACCCACAAAAGGCUCCACGACUUCCUGGAGAGGCAAAAACAGCACGAACAGAACUUGCUGUUGCAGCGACAAGAAGCGGUGUCUCCCAAAAUGGAGCCGCCCAUUUUGCCAUUGCAGAAGGUGACUAGUCCUGUAACGAAACCAGGAAAGAGCUACCCCUGCAAGUACUGCAACGCAGGCUUCAGCAGGUCUGAUACUUUGGGGGCUCACGUGAGGCAACACCACAAGGAGUACGUGUUGACGGAGUUCAAGUGUCAUCAGUGCGACAGGGUGUUUGACAAGCAGAACUCCCUGUCGAUCCAUUUGAAGGUGCAUGAGAAGCAGCGGGCUGUGCCCAUGGCUGUCAGCCCCUCUAAGCCUCUCUUCUCGUGCUCCAUUUGUAAUAUGGGUUUCAACUUACCAAAGGAUUUGCGGGCGCAUACUAUAACGGCUCAUCCGUUUUGA